AUGCCCAGCCAGCGCUCAGGCAGCCGCCACAAAGCACCACAACCCCUGCUGCUGGUGGGGGGGUGGGGGUUGCCGGGCAACCUCCAGUCGUGGCAUGUACUUAGCCUUUACCCAGAGGUCCGUGUGUUGUCAGAUCUACACAGAGGUGGUGUAGAGUGGAUCUUCUUCCAUGCUGUCUCAUCUGUCUCUAUCUCAUCUGGACUCAAAAGUGAUCGGCCUCAUAGGACAUGAAAGAGUCCCUGUAUCUGUGCUGCUUUGAAAAGGAUCACACUCAUCUGGCACAGUGGGAGGUAUUAUUUUUAAAUAUUGUAUCAUGCUACAAUGAGUUUUUCACCUUGAAUCAUGUUUGGUGACAACUUCUUCCCCACCCACAUAAAAACAGUUCUCCCUGUGCCUGGUUGCUACUCAUUUUCUCCAUUAACAGUUCAGUGGUUACCUCACCCAUCUAAGCAACAUCACAACAUUUUUUUGAUUCAUUACAGCUAGCUAUUAAUAGGCCACAUCUGCCCUGUUGCAGUGCACUGACAAUGAAUAUUGGCCAACAUUUUCAGUCAUUUAGCAGACGCUCUUAUCCAGAGCAACUUACAGUAGUGAGUGCAUACAUGUUCAUAUUUGUUCGUACUGGUCCCCCAUGGGAAUCGAACCCACAACCCUGGCGUUGCAAGUGCCAUGCUCUACCAACUGAGCCACACGGGACCAACAUGGUUUCCAGAUGCUAUGCUUAAGUCAUUUCUCACUCUACCAAAUCAUACCAGUAUAAAACAGAUUUCCUGUGUGCCUCGUCAAGAUAAGUCCAAAUUUGCAUUGCUCUUAUGGGCCCAAAACAGCUAUUGAAAAAUAUUAAAGUCCCUGGGGAAGAACGGAUUAUAAUUAACUAAUUAAAGAAGGCUUCGAACAGUUGCUUUAGAAAAAUAAAUAGUAUAAGAAGAUUAGUGAAAUCUGCAUGUGUUGACACUACAGGAAAGAGGAAAUGUCUAGUCCUUUAAUUCUAUUUGUGGAGACUGAUCCAUUCUCAUGGGCAUGCACUGAGCCAGACACUUGUUUGAUACUCAAGUUGCGUUAUUUGAGGUUAUUAUGUUGUGGAGAAAGCAUAACUUGCUAGUCAUUUCAUUCUGACAUGGCCAUUUGGAAACGUCAGUCACAGAUUAUUGGGGCUUGUCAACAUGAACAAAGCGAGUGGUGACUUUGAUAGUUAUGCAUUUUCUGUGCUGCUGCAAUCCUGCUCCCAAUCUCUGUCCAAGUAUGUGUAAGCGGUCGUCUGUGUGUGUGCUCUUGUGCGCCUGUGGGUAAUGACAUGAAAUCUGAAGAAUUGCUCAUUGUCCUGGGCUUUAUGAUCUGGUCGUGUCCCAGACAGUCUUCAGUUGGCACUGCUCCAGCAAAAACCCUUACUACCAGUGGGGGAGGGUGGAGACUUAAUAUGGAAAUUACAUUAAUUACCGGACUAUCCAACAGAUGUGACCCUCACCCCACUCAACAUAACUACUCAUCAAAUAAAGGACCUUCAAGAUACAAUUACAUGUUUGUGUAUAUAUUGUAUCAAUUGACAAAGUUAAACUGUUCUCUAUUUGUGAAACGAGAUUCCUCAAUCCAACUGACAAACUGUUUAUUUCAAUGGAUGGAUGAUGACAUUAGCCUUUGUGAAUGUUGCACAUUUGGGGGAUUUAGGAAUGUUUCAGAUUUGCUUUGGCAGCACAACCUAGAUGGCUUGAGUGAUAAACAUUGAACAGAACUAAACCUCAGGCUAAAAAGAGCAGACUGAGAAAAAUCUCUAAACAGUGCAAAUCUCCUUCAUUAACUUGUCAGAAACUAGCAUUUCUCUCCUCACUCACUUGGACUCAGACUUUGUCUACUUUAGGCUGUCAGUAGGCAGUUGUCAAUUCCAAUGCCCUGAGUUGCUAAACAUAUUGACAUGUUUCUGUUUCAGCGCCGGCCCCAAAGGAGACAACAUCUAUGAGUGGAGGUCAACCAUCCUGGGACCACCGGGCUCUGUUUACGAGGGAGGGGUCUUUUUCCUGGACAUCGCCUUCACACCCGACUACCCCUUCAAACCACCCAAGGUCAGCACCCACCACCACACUGACCACAAAUGGUUUAUAGCUUUAGCUCCAUUGUGCUGCUCUUUUCCUCUGUGGAGAACUCUUGCUUUAAUGUAAUUUCAACAGCUAAUAUGAUUUUCUGGGAAUAUGGUGUGCUAUCCAAGCCUUUACCAAUUCACUGUUCAUAUUUUAAAUUCAUUCUUUAUUAGCCUUUUCAGGAAGUGUACCCUGUGGAAUAUUUUCGGUUGUUGAAAGGAUGUCAUUAUCAAGUGUAUGAGAUGUGCUUUCGGAUAUCUCUCUUUGUGCUUCUUAGAACCCAAUUUCCCUCUCACUUGCUUUCAUUUUGAGUUCUGACUGUCUCACUCUCAUUGUGUCUGUUUCCCCCCCUCUUUCAUUCUCUCUUUGUCUCUGUUUCUCUCUGAGCUGUGUAAGAACCGGCUCUGCUGUUUGACAGCAGACUCAAACAAAUCCACAGGCUCAAGGUCUGCUCAGUGUAGCCAGAGGGCUCAAGUGUUUUGUCCCAUUGUGAUCUGUAGCCAGUCCUUCCGUCACGAUAGCGCACGAUACACUCCUCCAUUGAAAUGCUCCAUUGGAGUUUUGCUGUAGACUAUAGACUCUUACCAGAACUUUUUUCAAGCCCCUAACUGAAACUCCAGUUUGACAAGAUUGUUGGACAGAUUGGAAGUAUAAGAUUCAGUUGUUAGGGUUAGUGGGGCAGAGAGCGCACCAUUGUGGAGUUAUUUAGAAUGUCCUGUCCUCGGUGUGUUCAGAAUGCCUAGGCUCAUUAGAUGUUUCCUCUGCAAGGUCAGGGUCAGUCUGUCCAGAUGUUGGUGAUUGGAGGACUAGGUCGGUGUCAGGUGUCAGGCCUAAACAGAUGUCAGUGUCACGUUCAAUCAGAAACACGGUAGUAAACUUAACAGGGACGUUUGUGUGGAUGUUUGUUGUACAAAGGUUUGACGUAAGCACAUUUUGAAACCAAAAAGUCAUUUUUACCCCUUAUUUGAAUCCCUUUGAAAGUAUUAUAGGAAUGAUUAUUUUCCUCUCAAACUAAUAUGCAACGGUUAUGGCGAGAUUAGAGAUUGGCAUGAGUUUGGUUUCUGGGGCUUUUCAUGACAAUUCUAAAGGUUUUCUGCAUGUUGGUAAAUGCACCAUGCUGCCACCUGUUGGCUAUAUCAAAGCCUAAGGAAAUUAGAAGGCGUAUAAAAAUGUGGGUAUUUUUUAUGGUAUUCAAAAACUCUGCAGCCGUGUUAUGAGGGUUGUCACCAAAUACUGUAUUUCCCUGUACUCGCCAGGUAACGUUUCGGACGAGGAUCUACCACUGUAACAUCAACAGCCAGGGGGUGAUCUGUCUGGACAUCCUGAAGGACAACUGGAGCCCUGCCCUCACCAUCUCCAAGGUGCUUCUGUCCAUCUGCUCUCUGCUCACAGACUGUAACCCAGGUAAGAGACCUAUCAAUGUCCACAUCAUGAUGAUCUGCAGUGUUCUCAUUUCAGUUGGUGAUUCAUGACUGAUUAAAUGACAUUUGAGUUGGCACUAUCUACACACAGAGAUGGUGAUAAUGUUUCAUGCUUUGAUAACUGUCUGCUGCUCUGCUAGUGGAGUUCCAGUAUUCCCUUCCCCUGGGACAGUAGCUCUGUUUCUGUUGAACCUGUUGAUGGAAUUUAAAUUAUCUUUAAAAAAAUAAGUCCUUAUUCAUCUUUUAAUACAAUGUAAUAAUAUGUUCUUAACUCUCUCUGGGUCCAAAAAUCUUACACCUGUGAAAUGCUAUUCAUAAAUGCAUGCUCUGAUCUGCAUCCUUUUCUUUGUCAUUGCAGCGGACCCUCUUGUGGGGAGCAUUGCCACACAAUACCUGACCAACAGAACGGAACAUGACAGAAUAGCCAAGCAGUGGACGAAGAGAUACGCCACAUAG